AGAUCGGAGGGAGAAGGAGCAGCGCGGGGCCGGCUGCCUGGGUCCCCAUCCCUCGCCAGCCUCCCAGUCCUCCCAGUACCCUCUCCCGGGAGCUCGGAGGGCACCCAGGCCCCCCAUUCCUUCCCUGCUCCCCGCCGCGCCUUUGGAAGGGUCAAGCCGUUGUUGUGCGUUAAGUUUCUGGGCACGCUGCGGGCCUUGGCCUGUGCUCCCCGGGUGCACAGUGUUCGGGCCAGGCGCUUGCAAAGGGCAAUGGGUUAAAAUUUCCAGCCAAGGCCGAAGCGGGGUGACGACGCUGGAAGGGACGACAACAGCGGUCCUGGGACCCAGCAGCGGGCAGCGCCGCCCAGCCCGGGCCCCGCCCCGGGGCCGUACCCGAGGCCCCGCCCCUCCGCCGUGCGCGCCUUGACAAGUGCAGCGCGGCGCGACCUCGGGCAGAAGCGCCGCCGCCUCGGUGGACAGAGCCCAGCCCGCCCGAUCGCAGCGCCGCGACCUGACCAUGCCCCGCGGGAGCCGCAGCGCCGCCGCCCGGCCGGCCAGCCGCCCUGCCGCCGCGACCUCCGCGCACCUGCCCGCGCGCCCGCCGCCCUCGGCCGCCGCUCCGGCCCCCGCCCCGUCGGGCCAGCCGGGCCUCAUGGCGCAGAUGGCAUCCACGGCCGCGGGGGUGGCCGUGGGCUCCGCCGUGGGACACGUCGUGGGCAACGCACUGACAGGAGCCUUCAGCGGGGGCAGCUCGGAGCCCGCCCAGCCCGCAGUCCAGCAGGCCCCGGCCCGUGCUGGCCCUCAGCCCUUGCAGCUGGGGCCCUGCGCCUAUGAGAUCAGGCAGUUCCUGGACUGCUCCACCACACAGGGGGACCUGUCCCUGUGCGAGGGCUUCAGCGAGGCCCUGAAGCAGUGCAAGUACAACCACGGUCUCAGCUCCCUGCCCUGAAGAGGCUGCAGCAGCCUCCUGCAGACCUGUGGGCCAGUCCUGUACCCCCUCACCGACAGCAGGAUCCUGAUAGCAGAUUGUACCCAUGGCACUGGCAUUGGGAGUGAGUUCCUCAUCCUGUAGAUGACCCGAGACUGAAAUGUGCAAUUAAAAGAGUUUAUUUUAGACUGGAA